UUCAUUAAUUGGAGCCUCCUACAUUAAUUGGAGAGGAUACUCGACCCUUUCGGUGCUGGCGUGAGUGGCUGUCGCCGACGACCGUCGCACAAGUUAUCUAUGAAGCCGUACGCUCCAGCUUUCGUUCUCCUGUGGAGUGCUGUUGGGAUAGUGAGGGCUGCCAAAAUUGUUGUUGUGCCGCCAAUUAUGUUUGAAAGCCAUCUUUAUAUUUUCAAGACUCUGGCCUCUGCUUUGCAUGACCAAGGUCACCAGACAGUGUUUCUCCUCUCUGAGGGCAGAGAGAUUCCUCCGUCUAAUCACUAUAGACUUCAGCGCUACCCAGGGAUCUUUAACAGCAGCACCUCAGAUGAUUUUCUCCAGUCCAAGAUGAGGAGUAUCUUCUCUGGGAGACUGACAGCACUUGAACUGUUUGAUAUCCUGGACCACUAUUCCAAGAACUGUGACAUGAUUGUUGGCAACCGGAACCUUAUGCAUGCCCUGAAACAGCAAAAAUUUGACCUGCUGCUGGUAGAUCCUAAUGAGAUGUGUGGAUUUGUUAUAGCUCAUCUUUUAGGGGUUAAGUAUGCGGUCUUUUCCACUGGCCUCUGGUAUCCAGCAGAAGUGGGUGCUCCAGCUCCCCUCUCUUAUGUUCCAGAAUUUAACUCACUGCUUACAGAUCACAUGAACCUAUUUGAGAGGAUUAAAAAUACUGUUGUUUAUCUUAUUUCAAGAUUUGGAGUCAGUUUUUUGGUUCUGCCAAAAUAUGAAAGGAUAAUGCAGAAAUACAAGGUUCUGCCAGAACGGUCCAUGUAUGACUUAGUUCAUGGAUCCAGCCUGUGGAUGCUUUGUACUGAUGUAGCACUGGAGUUUCCAAGACCUACGCUACCCAAUGUUGUUUAUGUGGGAGGAAUUCUAACCAAACCGGCCAGCCCUCUGCCAGAAGAUCUCCAAACAUGGGUGAAUGGUGCUAAUGAAAAUGGCUUUGUCCUUGUCUCUUUUGGAGCUGGAGUGAAAUACCUGUCAGAAGAUAUAGCCAAUAAGUUAGCACAUGCCCUGGCAAGACUGCCUCAGAGGGUUAUUUGGAGGUUUUCGGGAAACAAACCAAGGAAUUUAGGAAACAAUACGAAGCUGAUAGAAUGGUUACCACAAAAUGACCUCCUCGGUCACUCGAACAUUAAAGCUUUUCUUAGUCAUGGGGGUUUGAACAGCAUUUUUGAAACCAUGUACCAUGGGGUUCCGGUGGUGGGGAUCCCCCUUUUUGGUGACCAUUACGAUACUAUGACUCGUGUGCAGGCCAAAGGCAUGGGAAUAUUGUUGAACUGGAAAACCGUCACUGAGACUGAAUUGUAUGAAGCCCUAGUAAAAGUUAUUAAUGAUCCCAGCUACCGGCAGCGGGCCCAGAGGCUGUCUGAGAUUCACAAAGACCAACCCGGUCAUCCCGUUAACCGGACUGUGUACUGGAUUAAUUACAUCCUGCGUCACAACGGAGCCCAACAUCUACGUGCCGCUGUUUACAGCAUCUCUUUAUAUCAGUAUUUCUUACUGGAUAUUGCCUUUGUUGUACUAGUGGGUCCUGCCUUACUUUAUUAUAUUUUGGCCAGGAUAACAAAAUUUAUCCGCAAACAAAGCAAACAUCUUUGUGCAAAUGACGAACAUAGCACUAUUAAUGGACAUUACCAGAAUGGGAUCCCAAAUGGCAAGUAUAGAAGGAAUGGCCACAUUAAGCAUGAAAAAAAGGUGAAAUGAGCCCACUGCCCUAUGUAAAGUAGUAACGAAUCAGAUCAGUAAUCAGAUUUUAUCGCUGUAACUUAGUCUAACAACUACUUAAAACCUCAAUAAGCAGUUCUAACACUCCCCUUCAGUAUGUAAUAUUAUGUGACAAAGUUCUGUGGAACUAAGAGAAGUCUUUAAAAAAGAAAAAGCAAGCACAACCUAAAAUGGAAAAUAUUUUAUUCUUAAUGCUGAUGCAGAGAUCUUAUUCUGGCACUGAGGUUUUUAGAAGCCUUUCAUCUCUAAUGUCAUAAAGCAAUAAUAUUUUACUUUUUUCAGUUUUUAAAAGCUAAAUGUGUGUCCCCCAAAAAAGGAAGGGUUACUUUUUAUUUGCAGAGGUUUUUUCUUUAUAUUUUUAUUAUUUUAAUAUAUCCAUCUUUUAGGUGAGAGUACUUUAUUGCUAGCUCUAUUUCCUUUCUUGAAGGUUCAACAAGUUGUGUAAGAAUGCUGGUUAAAAAUAUAUGUAUUUUUCCAUAUAUUUUUAUGCAAGAAAUAUUAAAUUGCUGAAUGAUAACACAGACAUUAAAAAAUCAUAAUCUGAAUGAGCACUGAAGAAAAAUGGCAAAAACAUGUGGUAAUAUUAGUGAUAAGCUGCAUGACUCUUCUGCUCAGUACCAGUACUUUGAAGAAAAGGAUCUUUAGCUGUUCUUCAAUAUGUCUUAAUUUUUAAUUUAUACCAAAUUUUAUUUUUUGCCUUUCUCUGCAUAUAUAAUUUAUGCCAUGAAAAUAUUAGGGAGUGCUGUUUCAGUUUAAAAUGUGGCUGUGUGGGAAGUAGAUUUGCAUAAUUAAGAAAAAUAAAUGGAACAAACAACAUCAAAUAAUAAAAGCUAGCCCUGUGCUUAAUGCAGAAGGUUUUGUAAUGGCCCAGACUGGUGCAGAAUCAAACCACUAUUUGAGGUUUGUUUAAAAAAAAAAACAAACACCCAAACAAAAAACCAAAAAGACCCAACAAACAGCUCCUCCACCCCAAAGUUGAAUGUCCUUAUUAAUUCUUCUUAAUAAUAAGUUCUUUCUAAAUCGCAGUGUUGUAGAUGUUCUCUUUCAAUGGUUGCAUCUGGAAAAAGAUAUUUUGCCUUCUAUUAUUCUGGGCCAUGCAAUCCAUGUUUCACAUAGUUGCCAAUAUGAAUUUCUCAGAGAUGAGAAGGGAGGCUGCUCCCCAUGUGGGUCACCAGCCUUCCUCCCCACCUCUGCCACAAUGUGUAGGGUGAAGCCCGGCCACUGCAGCUCAAGGUUUGCAGAGGUGGUUGUCUCCCCCUUCCCCUGCUAUGGCCCCUUCUCACAACAAUCUUGUUCAAUCAUUGUUGCCGACCUGGGAUGCUGGUGAUGGUGUGCACCAAGGGUGGGAUGCAAGGUGUAAAAUCAGAGCUGCCCUGAGAACCAGAGUUGGCAACUAUGAAUUUAUUUCCAUGUCAUUCUGUUUACUUGGAAUUUGCACUACACAUGUUGUGAGUGUAUGCUUUAUUUAUUUGUAGUUUGAAAUCCCAUGCUUGAAAGAGAAAGGAAAGAAAUCUAUUUACCUGGUGAUGUUCACUAACAACGGGGAGAGCUAUGAUGAUAACAGCAUGCUGAGAUCAUCUUCAUACACAGUGAUGCAAUAUUUCACUAUCAUUCCAUCAGGAGCCUCUAUCCUAUAGCAAUAAUAACAGUACAGAUGUUUCUAAUAUGCAGUACAGCUACUUGUACUGCUUUCUGAAUACUUGAAGAAAAUGGUAUUAUAAGUAAGCCUAUUAGCUAUACCUUUUUACAAUCUUGCAGUUUGUGGCACCUAAAGGAGCACACAGAGGCAAUGAAUGGUGGGAUGGUAAUAAAACUUCGAGUGUAUGAAUGACUUGGUUUGAAUGUUUUUCUUUUUUUGGCAUUGAAGAAGGUAAAAAAGCACUGACCGGAUGAUUAAGCAUAAUUUAAUCUCCACUGUGAUAAAACUUAAGCAAUAAACAUGGAUUUAAUUGAGAAA